AUGGGCGCUCGUGUCAUCAAGAUCGAGCGUCCAGGUGUUGGUGACUUUGCAAGGGCAUACGAUACCCGAGUUAAUGGCAUGGCAUCACAUUUCGUCUGGACCAACCGUUCAAAAGAAAGUCUAGCACUCGAUCUCAAAGACCCGAAACACUUUGAGGUCCUCGAGAAGCUUCUUGCCAAGUCGGAUGUGUUGGUGCAGAACCUGGCGCCGGGCGCCACGGAGCGACUUGGCUUGGGCUACUCAACACUCAAAGAGUCGCAUCCGUCUCUGAUUGUUUGUGAUAUCUCGGGCUAUGGGUCUGACGGCCCCUACAGAGACAAGAAGGCGUACGAUCUUCUUGUGCAGAGCGAAGCGGGCUUCCUCUCUGUUACUGGCAACGGUCCGGACCCAGCGAAGGCGGGCAUCUCCAUCGCCGAUAUCUCUGCCGGCAUGUACGCCUAUUCCAACAUUCUGGCCGCCAUUCUGAAGCGCGGCAAAACGGGCAAAGGAUCACGGAUAGACAUCUCGAUGCUUGAGAGCAUGGUUGAGUGGAUGAGCUUCCCACUCUACUACACGUAUAACGGGGCCCCGGGCUUGUCCCGCUCCGGCGCCUCCCACGCCUCUAUAUACCCAUACGGCCCAUUUGACACGGGUGGCGGAGGCUCGGUCAUGCUUGGCGUGCAGAACGAGCGAGAGUGGGCUAACCUUUGCCGAGACGUUCUUGGCAAUGAGGCUCUUGCCAAGGACCCAAAGUUUGUGAGCAACACCCUCAGAACGAAGCACCGUGAUGAGUUAAGAAAAAUCAUCUGCGACGCUUUCGCCGAAUUCUCAGCAGAGGAGGUCCUGCAGAAGCUGGAUAAGGCGUCGAUAGCCAACGCCAAUGUGAACGAUAUGCAAGGCGUAUGGGAUCACCCGCAGCUUAAGGCAAGAGGCAGAUGGACGGACAUCGAGACAGGUAGUGGAAAGGUUCCUGCUCUAAUCCCUCCGGGUUUCGGAAACGUUGAAAGCUCGAGAAUGGAAAAGGUCCCGGAACCGGGAGAACAUAACGAGGCCAUCUUCAAAGAAUUGGGUAUUGAGCAGUGA